AUGACACAGUUGACUCGAAAGGGUACUAAGUUCGUAUGGUCAGAGAAAUGCGAACAAUGUUUUCAAGAGUUAAAGGACAUGUUCAUAUCUGCACCAGUGACUAUCCAUGAUGGUUCAGAAAGCUUUGUAAUUUACAGUGAUGCAUCUAAACUUAGUUUAGGAUGUAUUUUGAUUGAACAUGGAAAAGUUAAGGCUAAUAUAGUAGCUGAUGCGCUGAGUAGAAAGAAAAUGGGACAGUUAUUAGCACUAUGUACAAGACAAGAUCAUUUAAUCAGAGAUUUUGAGAACUCGAGAAUUGAAGUAUUAAAGUCACCAGUAAGGAAAUCGACACUAUUAGCAAGCUUUACUGUGAAACUAAUACUCAGGGAUAGAAUAGUGGCUGCUCAGAAAGAUGAUCCCCUUUUAUGA